AUGUCUUCGCUUCCAGCUGUCUAUAUUGUUUCUUCCGCCCGAACACCGGUGGGGUCUUUCUUGGGUUCGCUCUCAAGCUUGACUGCCCCGCAGCUUGGUUCCCAUGCCAUCAAGGCUGCUCUUGCCAAAGUUGACGGACUUAAGCCUUCGGACGUGCAGGAGGUCUUCUUCGGCAAUGUCAUUUCUGCGAAUGUCGGACAGAAUCCUGCUAGACAAUGUGCGCUUGGUGCUGGGCUUGAAGAGUCGACCGUUUGUACCACCGUCAACAAGGUUUGCGCGUCCGGGUUGAAGGCGAUCAUACUCGGUGCCCAGACUAUCAUGACCGGAAAUGCUGACGUCGUUGUGGCUGGCGGUACGGAAUCGAUGUCGAACGCACCACACUAUCUCCCAAAUCUGCGUAAUGGUGCUAAAUACGGCCAUCAAAGUCUGGUGGAUGGCAUCAUGAAGGAUGGCUUGACUGACGCAGGCAAGCAGGAACUCAUGGGAUUACAAGCGGAGGAGUGCGCCCAAGAUCAUGGUUUUAGCAGGGAACAACAGGAUGAUUAUGCUAUCCGCACCUAUGAAAAAGCUCAGGCGGCCCAGAAGGCUGGGCUUUUCGACGAAGAGAUUGCCCCUAUCCAGCUUCCUGGGUUUAGGGGAAAACCAGGUGUGACUGUGACGCAAGAUGAAGAACCGAAGAAUCUCAACCCGGAGAAACUUCGAGCCAUCAAGCCUGCGUUUAUACCUGGUUCUGGGACAGUGACGGCGCCUAACUCCUCUCCUCUCAACGACGGCGCUGCUGCUGUCGUCCUUGUUUCAGAGGCUAAGUUGAAGGAGCUCAAUUUGAAGCCGGUUGCGAAGAUCCUUGGAUGGGGAGACGCUGCUCAGCAACCCAGCAAAUUCACGACUGCUCCAGCUCUUGCAAUCCCGAAAGCGCUCAAACACGCAGGUGUGAGCCAGGAUGCCAUUGAUGCUUUUGAGAUCAAUGAGGCUUUCAGCGUUGUUGCUCUCGCCAAUAUGAAGUUACUUGGCAUUCCUGAGGAAAAGGUUAACCUUCAUGGAGGAGCCGUUGCUAUCGGUCACCCUAUCGGUGCUAGUGGUGCGCGUAUUAUAACCACCUUGCUCGGUGUUUUGAAGGCCAAGAAAGGAAAACUUGGCUGUGCUGGCAUCUGUAACGGCGGCGGUGGAGCUAGUGCUCUGGUGGUCGAGCUACUUUAG